AUGUUCCUUGUCGAGCAUGUCCCUCACUUCUGUUCAUCUUCACGACGAAGACCAAGACCCCCAACAAUCACACUGUCAACCUUAGCUGGCGGCAUUUCGCCAAACAGGUUGCGGGCAACCCAGGAAUGCAUCGCGGCGCCUGAUCCCUCGAUCCCUCGAUCCGAGAUCCCUUCGCUCGCGUCGCAAUGCCUCGAAUCUCUCCCGCCGCCGCUCUCCUCCUCCCUCUCCUCCUCCUCCUCCUCUCCCUUUCGCCGAUCGCCCGAGUCGGCUCGCACCAGGAAUCGGGCGAGUGGAGCUGCGAGUCCGACUCGGAGGUCCUGAUCGAGGCCGCCUUCAGGCCGGGCGCCAUCACCCUGGACGGGCACGGCGACGAUUGGAAGGACGUCGAGGGGUCCGAGUUCUCCUUGCUCCCGGCGCUCGACCCGGAUGAGGACAAGGAGUACGGCGGCGGGAAGAUGACCGUCAAGGCUGCGCACGAUGGGAGUAGCGUGUUCUUCUUGUUGCAGGUGGAUGGGAACUAUGCUUACUCCAAAGGGGAGAACACCAAAUGCCCCUCAGUUUCUCUAAUGUUCCAAAUUGGUGAAAGUGCCUCCUAUCAUAAUAUGGGAGGGUGUAAGGUAGGACCUGAUGCGUGCACAAACAAAACAUGCAAAGGCCAUGAAGUUGACAUCAUGCACUUUUCAAUUGGGAAUGCCAUUCCUGGGCGACUUUAUGGUGGAAAUCCAAUAGACAAUAGAGAAGGAAAUGGUGGUGACAGAUUUGGCCAUCUUGUUGAUCUUUAUGGUUGGAGCCCACAUUGUAGAUACAUUGAUGGAACUGGUCCUACAGGGAAUGACACCAGUGCACAGAAUAACUGGAAUGGAGCAUGGUGGCAUAGCAGCUUCACUGUUCACUCAGGUUUUGUGGAGGAAGACAGUCCAUAUGCUUCAGAUGGUCAGAAGGGCACUUAUUACUUUGAAUUCUCUAGGCCUUUGCGAACUAUGGAUCGCAUACAACAGGAUGCCCAGUUCACUAUAGGUGAGUCAAGCAAGAUGUCAGUGGCAUUUUGGUAUCCAGUCAAUGGGAACCCAUGGCAUGGGUCAGGGCACUUCUCCAUCAACUGUGACUGGGUACCUCUGGACAUAUCCUUAGGAGGCUCGUCCCUUACGAAGACAGCAUCACCAGGUUCAUGGGAUGCCACUACAGCCUUCUCUCUAUUGUUGUCGGUGGUCUCGUUGUGUCUAUCUGUCUUCGUGAUGUACCGUGUCUUUAGACCCAGGAGUGUUCAAUAUAAACCUAUGGAAGUAGCUCUAGGGUAGGGUCAUAGAAACGGUCCUGGCACUGUACUAUUAGUUUGUACUUCUUAGAUCAGUACCACUUCCUGUAGCUCAACUUUUGCUAGUGCUUUCUCUGUCAUUUUUAUUAAAUUGAGAUGGCUUGUUGGGUUGUGUCCUCCCUUUUA